GUAAAACAAAACCCCACAUAUUGCCCGCAUAAGCAGAGAAUCCCUGUGACCCAACUGCGUUCUCCCUCCGUGAACGGCGGCUAAUCUUCGUCGCUGGAUCUUUCGGAAGAGUUUAGUUUUGAGGGAUGGCAUCAAAGUUAAGACAGCUACAAUCUAAGGCUUGCCAAGCUUCAAAAUUUGUCUCCCAGCAUGGCACAUCAUAUUACAAGCAGUUGCUGGAGCAGAACAAACAGUAUAUCCAGGAGCCAGCUACUGUGGAGAAAUGCAAUGAGUUGUCUAAGCAGCUGCUCUACACCCGCCUCGCUAGCAUUCCAGUGCGCUGUGAGGCAUUCUGGAAGGAGCUCGAUCAGGUGAAGAGCCUGUGGAAGAACCGAGGAGAUGUGACGGUUGAAGAAGCAGGAACCGUGGCACUGUUUGGUCUGGAAUGCUUUGCUUGGUUCUGUGCGGGUGAGAUAGUUGGAAGGGGCUUCACUUUCACCGGCUACUACCCUUGAGAAAGCCAACCCAUUUAGCAAACCAUUGAACGCCAAAGCAAAGUUCAUUCCUUUUUUUGUUGUGGGUAUCUUCUAAACAAAGUUUUGAAGCUGAGAAAUUUCACUCGGAUAGGUCUAAUAAUAUUUGUCCACAACAUGUUGGCUUUUGGUUGAAUAACGUUUUCCUGUCUUCUGUUUGAUAAUUGCGGUAACUUAUAGAUUUAUUGCAA